CGGCGGGGCGGAGGCAGGAGGCGGGCGGAGCCGCCCCUCCGCCGGGCACAGAGCUAUAAGGGCAUCGCGGAGCGGCGCGGGACGCCGCGGGAGCCAUGGGUAAUCGUGUCACCCGCGGGGACUUCGAGUGGGUCUACACGGAGCAGCCCCACACGCAGCGCAGGAAGGAGAUCCUGGCUAAGUAUCCAGAGAUCAAGACUCUGAUGGGGCCGGAUCCACAUUUAAAGUGGAUUGUAUCUGGAAUGGUUUUCAUGCAGUUGGUAGCAUGCUACCUGGUGAAAGACUUAUCUUGGAAAUGGAUUUUCUUCUGGGCUUAUGCUUUUGGGGGUUGCAUCAACCAUUCGCUGACCCUAGCCAUCCAUGAUAUUUCACACAAUGUCGCCUUUGGGAACAAGCAGGCAAAGUGGAACCGAUGGUUUGCAGUCUUUGCCAACUUGCCGAUUGGCAUCCCUUAUUCUGCCUCCUUCAAGAAAUACCACAUUGACCAUCAUCGGUACCUUGGUGGGGACAGCCUGGAUGUGGACAUUCCCACAGACUUUGAAGGCUGGUUCUUCUGUACGCCACUUCGGAAACUGCUUUGGCUUUUCCUCCAACCUCUGUUCUACAGUCUGAGACCGCUGUAUGUGAACCCCAAAGCAAUUACACGAAUGGAAAUUUUUAACGCUCUCAUCCAGUUUUCUAUAGACCUUAUAAUUUACUACAUUUGGGGGCUUAAACCUAUUAUUUACUUAAUAGCAGGUACAAUUCUUUGCAUGGGUUUACAUCCCAUUUCUGGGCACUUCAUAGCAGAACACUACAUGUUCUUGAAAGGGUAUGAGACGUACUCUUAUUAUGGACCUCUGAACUGGCUCACCUUUAAUGUAGGCUACCACAUGGAGCAUCAUGACUUUCCCAGCAUUCCUGGAUGCAGAUUGCCAAUGGUGAAGAAGAUUGCAGCAGAAUAUUAUGAUAACCUCCCACAUCACCAGUCCUGGAUUCGAGUUCUGUGGGACUUUGUUUUCGAUGACAGUAUUGGUCCCUAUUCAAGGGUUAAGAGACUAUGCAAGCUGGCAAAAGAAAGCUAACGGACUAGCUCUGCCUGCUGCAUUGGUCUGUUCAUUUGAAUGACUUGAGUUUUCUGCAGAAGUAGAAGAAUGUUUGUGUGUACUGAAUUAGCGUUGGUGUGUGCUCCUUAGACCAAGAGGAUGGGUGUGAAAAUGAAGGAAUUGCAUGCACUAUUUUAGACUAUUGAUCCUUUUUAAUAAAGGAUAUUUGUGAAUGUAACUCUGAGAAACUAAAUUAGAGUGAGCUAUGAUGAUGUGAACUUUUGGUCUAGGCAUAGGGUUAACUUUCUGGGCCACAUGUGCCUAAGUCUGAGUUUUGGCCUGGUCUGCAAUAGAGAAUGCUUGGUGUGUGUAAAAAAAAUAAAAUAGUGAAAUUGCAGGGGUCAGCACACCGGGAGAGCAUGGGAUGAGCCUCACCCUGGCAAAGUCACCUGCCUGAUCAUAGUGUCUCCCCUGCCAGGUAAGUGCUGCUGCGGCCAAAAAGGCCAACAGGAUGCUGGGUUGCAUCAAAAAGGGCAUCGCCAGCAGAGAGAAAGAAGUCAUCAUCCCGCUCUACUCAGCGCUUGUCAGGCCACACCUGGAGUACUGGGUACAGUUCUGGUCCCCGCUAUACAAAAAGGAUGUGGACAGGCUGGAAGGGGCCCAGAGAAGGGCCACAAAGAUGAUCAAAGGACUGGGAAGCUGCCAUAUGAGGAUAGGCUGAGAGAGCUGGGUUUGUUCAGCGUUGAGAAAAGGAGGCUUAGAGGGGAUCUCAUCACCAUGUACCAGUACUUAAGGGGCAGCUACAAAGAAGAUGGAGACUCCCUUUUUACAAGGAGUUACAGGGAGAGGACAAGGGGGAAUGGACACAAGGUGCUCUUGGGGAGAUUCCGCAUUGGACACGAGGGAAAUUUUUCACAGUGAGGACAGUCACCAUUGGAAUAAUCUCCCAGGGAAGUGGUUGACUUGGCCAUGUUGGACACCUUUAAGAGCCGCCUGGACAGGGUGCUGGGCCAUCUUGUCUAGACUGUGCUCUUCCUAGAAAGGUUGGACUAGAUGAUGCCUGAGGUCCCUUCCAACCUGGGAUUCUGUGUAUGUGUGAGCAUGCAUGUGUGUAGUUUAGGACUGGUUUCUUUGCAUGCCAGAGUAGAUGUAGAUGCUCUGUGUGUACAGGACUGUGGAAGCAGGGAGGACUGGCACGCAGUAGUAAAUGAUACUUUCUGGUGAACAUAAGGGUGCCUUUAGCUCAAUGUCUUGUCUAAUCUAAUAUCUUCUGAUAAUUGCUGGUAGCAGAGGUUUUGUAUAUACAAUGGAGUAUGUUUAUAUUUUUGUACAUUUGUAUCAUUAUUUUAGUAGCUGCUGUUUGACCUUUUUUCCAGGGCUUUGUCUAAACCUUUUCUGAAUGCAUUUCUAUUCUUAGGAUGUAAUAUUCAGUGCAGCUAACUGGCACAGCUGAACUGUGGUGUGGAGAAACCCUUCCUUUAGUCUUCUGCUUGCUGCCUGAUCAGCAGCGUGGAUGUGCCCCUGGAGGAACUGGGUGGCCCUUUCUCACUCACCUUUUUAACAGUAUUAAUAACUUAAUGUUUCUCAUCCAUUUCCCCACUGUAAGUUCUGGGAAUGAAAAGGUUCUGGUUUUAACUGCUGCUUGCCAAGGUUGUUAGUGUUGCUGAUGACAUUUCUUGGUCUUCUCUAUAUUAUACGCCUUUUUGUUCAUUGGAGUUAGGAGUAUGUAUCAGUGAAGACAUGGGGAUGUUAUGGUGAUAUUUGUUCCUAACUGCUUUGAGAAUAAUUGUAACUUUUUUCCACUGUCAUUCAAGGGGCACUGACUUGACAUUUGGGAAGCACGUGAUAUAAAAGUUGCCAUAAAAAAAGCUAUAUAAAAGUUGCCACAGAUGGUAUUAAGGGGAUAUACCUGAACAUGGAGCUGAGGUUGUUUCUCUCCCUACGUGUCUUACUUUGUGCUGUUAACCUUCAUCUGUCAUUUCUGCCCACUGGAAUAGUUAAAUCUUCCUGCCUAUUCUCUCCAGCUAUAAAAUUCUGGCUAUUCUCAAUAAUUCUGCAUCAUCAAAAACCUUAAUCACAAUACCUUCCUCCAAGCAGAAUAAUAUCUUGGGAGUCAGGAGUUCAGACGCCAUCUAAUAACUUCCCUCCACCCUGGAAAGCUGACAACUUAUUUCUAUCCUUAAUAAGUGGUUAAAAGAGAGCUAUAAAGGUUGUCUUACACCCUAAACCUCUAACAGUUUGACUUUUUUGUUUUCUUCUGGAAAUCCAUGUCUGUAACAAAGAAAAGGAUUAUUUUGCAUUCUCACUAGUCCCUCAAAGUAUGCUACUAGACCUGGGAAGCCUGAUUUCCUCAAUAAACCCUGUUUUGUUCCUUUGUCCUACAGCACUGGAUCCAGUGAGUCUGUCUGUUCGUUAGCCUGGCACACCAGGCAGCUGAGCUAGCCUGCAGCAAUUUGGGUUCCUCAUCCUCCAUUUCCCUUUCCUUCAUUUUCCUCAAUGUCUAAUUUUGGCAGUUGGGUAAAUACACAGGUUUGCUCAGCAGGGCAAGAUCUUUUGUGAUGCAGGGGCUGAAUGCCAGUUCAUUCACCAAUAUUGUUUUGGCCUGGUUCUUUUUCGGGAAAAGAAGAGGAAGAACAGGACUUCUUCUGACACUUCAGACUUCACUUGUUCUUUGGGUGCUUGUUCUCCCAAAGGAAAUAGCUCUGCUGUGGGAACCUCCUUUGACUUUGUGUUGUUGCUCAUGCCAGGAGCUUCACUUUUUCAUUAAUUGACUUCACUGUUGCUGGCACUUCAUAAUGACAUAUUCAACUUCUCAUGUCCUUAGCAAGCUUGGUCAACUUAGCAAAUUAAUAUUAAAAACAUAAUAAAGAUUAUGCUAUCUUCCUCGAUGUGACUGUUGUCCUCCUGCAUGGAGAGUAACCUCUCUAUAGCUCCCUUACUCAGCUGUUCUAUGACAGAGUCACCUGUGUGCUGUAUAGAUUACCAGCCUAGCCUGACACAGAAGCUAUGGUGUAAACAGACAGCAACCAAAAUUGGCAACCGCUUCCCAUCCUGCCUCCUAUCAGCUUUUCUGUCACAGUCCCACCUUGCUUUGCCUGGGCAGCCCAACAGCCCUUCUGCUCUGCACUCUCCAUCCUAGCUGGAAUUUGAAGUAGCUGGAAGCCUGGUGCCUGCAGAUGUGCGGUGCAAGCUGGGUUCCAAUGUGUGUGGGUGCUGCUGGAGAAGGUUGUGGUCCUGUCCUCUCCAUGCGCACUUGACCUUGCCACUACCAGUAAAGCUGGCAGAAGGGGUUUUUUUGUUGUUUGUAUUUUUUUUUUGGUAACCACAGGGCAAAUGGGUCUGGGUUAAAAAAAACACUGGGGUAUAUAUAGUUUUAUUCUCUUUGCUUAAAAAUUAAUCUAGAUCCCUUUAAUUGUGUGGCCACACAAACGCUCUGGCAAGAGGAGAUAGGCAGGACAAAUAGCUGUAUGACAGGUUGGAGAGGAGGUGAAUGUCCCUUUUGAUUUCUGCCUCUGUAAAAUGCCUGUGGCCUGCCCUGUUGCAGCAGUACCCUCAAAAAGCCCAGCAUGAAGGGGCAUCCUUCCCUACAGAGGCAACAGGCGAAUGGAAUUAGUGUCUGGGAGGGGAAAAUCUUCUGGCAGUGCCACUACUGCAAAUAAGCCACCCUGCGCAUCCCUGUUGCUGGAGCCGUAGGCUGGGAACCAGCAAAGCACCAGUGAUGCCAGGACAGCUUCCCUGCCCCUAUCAGCCAAGCCGCCCCUUCUGCCCCCAUGCACCUUGCUCCCACAGCGAUUAAGUGGCCCUGUGCAAACUUCAGCUCGCGUCUUAAGUAUACAAGGCUGCAAAAGUAGAAGAAGAAAGUAAGAAAAACUUAUUUUUAGCAGGUGGCUGAUGUUAACAGAGAGCCACACCAUAUCCAGGCUGUACACUUGGCCUGAAUUACGAUGCAGUUAGUACUGACUUUAGGCAUAAUGGCACAUUCCAAGGUGAAACUCGAACUGUGCCAGGCCCCAACUUCCUGAAGCUUAAUUAAGAUUACGGGAGAGUUUCACAGAUGGUUGUGAUCACCUGAGAGGCAGCAGUUUUGAAAAAUACUUGCCAUUGUCAGGUAUGCCAUUACAUGGGUUUAUAAUUAAGAAACACAUGAGGUUCUGUGUGAGCUUUAUGC